AUGAUAAGUUUGGUCAGACGUGAAUCGGGAAUUGUUCCCCAACUGGUCAACCAAUACAAUGACAUAAUUGAGCAGAAAUUAUAUGAAAGUAUUCAAUUGAAUCAAUCGCGAAGCAGUGUCUCACAGGAUGUCUGUCCUGUCCUAAGCGAUGAUUACUCUGUGAAUCAAUCACUACUAGAAGAAAAGGAAGAAGAACUGAUUGUUGACAAUAAUAGUCUGCAAAAUAUACAAAUCAUUAAUCAGGAAGAGGAAGACGAUGAAGAUGAAGAUGAAGAUGAAGAUGACGACGAAGAUGAAGAUGACGACGAAGAUGAAGAUGACGAAGAAGAUGAAGAAAUAAUAGAAAUAUUUCAACAAAAGGAUAAUCAUAUCAAUGAUAUAAAUUUAGAAAGUCAUAACAAUUAUCAAAAUGAUAAAACUAUAAGAGUUAUAAAAGAUGAUGAGGAAAAUAUUGAUGAGACCAUACAAAUCAGUGAUAAUGAUAAAGAAAACAAGAAAUUAGAUCCAAUUAAAGUUCAAGAAAAGCCAAGUUUAUGUGAAAUUAAAGUAAAUCCGGUGUUAGAAGUGUUAAUAUUCAAAAGGAAACACCAUUUUAUAACCAAAACUACCGUUUCCAAAGAAGAGUGUCGAGUUUGCAGCGAUUUUAUUCAAUUUUCCGAUAAAUACAUUCAAUGUGUUGAUUGUGUAGCAAUUAUACACGUAGGCUGUUCCUCAAAACUGCCGGUUCCCUGUAUUAAAUACACAAAUCCCAAUUUAAGACCCGGUCGAUGUUUAAGCAAUUAUGUCUAUCCAUCCUCUAAGCCAUCAAUUCCGGCACUUCUGGUACAUUGUAUGCGAGAAAUUGAACAAAGAUGUCAUGAGAGCACUCCUAAUAAUAUCUAUAUAAUGAACUCCGAAAGUCUAAAACAAGUCAAAGAUCUUUGCAAUGGUUUAAUUAAUUGUAAAAAUGGCUUUCCUUUGCUCGACAAACACAAUAUCAAUAUUAUCUGUGGAGUUAUCAAAAAGUUUUUAUCAGAUUUUAACGAUUCUCUUAUAGGUAGAGAAAUGUGGAAACAAUUUUCAUAUAACAUGAAGAAGAAAAGUGACGAAGAAUUAGAGUCAAUGGUUAAGCAAUUGAUUGAAGACAUGAAUACCACAAAUAGAGACACAUUAUCACUUGUAAUACUUCAUUUAAGACAUUUGAUAGACAACCAAAAGUAUAUCUCUUUGGAGGACUUCACACAAAUAUUCUGUCCCAUAGUUUGCGGCGACACCGAAGUCAACCGUAAACUUCGGCUCAUGUCUUGUAUAUUCAACGUUAAGACCGACUUCUGGAUUAAUAAUCUUAUGACACAAAUCUAA